AUGGCCUCAUCGAAAGUCGCACAGCAAUAUUGGAGAAGCCUUGCCCGGCCUGGACGCCGGGGACCCGCCGGGACGGCAUUGCAGGUCGAGGCGGCAACUAGCACAAGCGUUGUGAAAUAUCGCAACAGCACGAGCUCGAGCUCGCCGACGGAAAGGAAACGUGAAAGGGUCGUUGUGUUGGGUUCAGGAUGGGCAGGCUACGCCUUCGCUCGCGAACUCGACCCCAAGAAGUACGAGCGCAUCCUUGUCUCGCCGCGCUCCUACUUCGUCUUCACCCCCUUGCUGGCUUCAACCUCGGUCGGCACCCUCGAGUUCCGCGCUAUCCUUGAGCCCGUCCGCCGGCUGAACCUGGAUUCUUUCCACGAGGCCUGGGCGGACGACAUCGACUUCUCCAAGAAGCUCAUCCGCGUCGAGAAGGUCACCUCCGAGGACGCCACGUCCCGCACUCUCCCGGCGAAGGAGCCUAGCCGUCCUAAGGGGGAGAUGAUUGACGUGCCCUAUGACAAGCUGGUCAUCUCUGUCGGGGCGUACUCGCAGACCUUUGGCAUCGAGGGUGUUAAAGAGUAUGCCAACUUCCUGAGAGAUAUCGGUGAUGCAAGGAGCAUUCGUUUGAGGGUGCUUCAGUGUUUCGAGAAGGCUGAUUGGCCUACGACCACGGACGAGCAGCGCAGGAAGAUGCUGCACUUUGCCGUUGUGGGAGGCGGACCAACAGGAAUUGAGUUCGCUGCCGAGCUCCACGACCUCAUCCAUGACGACCUGUCCAAGCUGUACCCGCACCUCAUGGAGUUUGUUGGCAUCACAAUCUACGACAUCGCGCCCAAGGUCCUGCCCAUGUUCGACCAACAGCUCGCCUCCUACGCCGAGGACCUCUUCCGCCGCCAGGGCAUUAAGGUGAAGACGGAGCACCACCUUCAACGCAUCCGGCCGGAUGAGGAAGACACGCACAACACGCUGAAGCUCAAAAUCAAGGAGCUCGGCGACGAGGAGGUUAGCGCGGGUAUUGUGGUAUGGAGCACGGGGCUGAUGCAGAACCCGCUCAUCCAGACGAUCAUGAAGAAAGAGCUGCGCAACCCCAACGCGGCAGCCGAGAGUGAAGAAAAGGAGAUGGUGAAGAUCAUGAAGGCGGAGAGAAGCGGCAACAUCGUCACGGACUCUCGCCUGAGAGUUCGCCUCGACGACCCCAAGGACGAAAAGGCCGUCCUGCCGGACGUGUAUUCCCUGGGCGACUGCUCCGUCCUGGAGACCGAGACGCUCCCCGCCACGGCGCAGGUCGCGAGCCAGCAGGCCGUGUACCUCGCCAAGACGCUCAACAAGGCGGCGGCGCGGGGCGGUGUGGAUCCGGCGGACGACAGGCAGAGCAAGCCGUUCAAGUUCCGCAACCUGGGGACGAUGGCGUAUCUGGGAAGCUGGAAGGCGAUUCACCAAAGCUCCGCGGACGAACUGAAGGGCCGCGCAGCUUGGAUCUUGUGGCGCUGUGCUUACUUGACCAAGUCGAUGAGCAUUCGGAACAAGAUCCUGGUGCCAGUCUAUUGGUUCGUCACCUGGGUUUUCGGAAGGGGCAUUUCUCGAUUCUGA